UUCGUCUCAGGUUCAGUGGGUUCAGCACUGUAGCCAUAACGAAAGAAAAUUACGGUCUGUCCGGAUAUCGGUGGAGGUGUAGCGAUUUGUGGGCAGUAUUUGGUCGUAGAAUGUUUAACGUUAUCGUGGCAGUUUUACCAUUGUCGGCAUUGACGACAGAAGUGACAUUAAUUAAUGGGUAUCAGACGAUGUAAGAUAAUGGAUAAGCACGGGUGCAACAAACGGAACAAAGUCAUGAAUGCCUUUGGAACUAUGAGCCAGUGAAACAAGGCGUUUUCUCUCAUGAUGAUAUAAAAGCUAGAAUCAUUACGGUAUCACCGCGGCGCCGAUCUCUUAUAAUAAUACCACGAACUAAUGCAACUUCAUUCGCAGUGUUGAAGUGGCUGUUCAAAUAAAGAUAGUAAUCACAACAGAAUUUUUUUUAAAUAAUAAAAUACUGCAAUGGACGAAUGUAUGCUCAACGAUUUGCUUGAGUGUUCAGUUUGUCUUGAACGACUGGAUACUUCGAGUAAGGUAUUACCAUGCCAGCAUACUUUUUGUAAAAAAUGUCUAGAAGAGAUUCUGAGCACGCACAGGGAGCUGAGAUGUCCAGAGUGCAGAGUACUCGUUGACAUCAAGAUCGAUGAUCUUCCUCCCAACGUACUUCUCAUGCGGAUAUUAGAAGGAAUGCGCAAUGCUACACCGAGGGUUAUAAAAACCCCAGUACGUGGUAUUUCCGGCCCGCAACGAUUGCUCGGUGGACAUCAAAUUGCUCCUGUUUCAGCUACCGCCAACCAAAUACCCAUCACUGUCCCUGCUGACCCUACCCGCCAAACUAAUUCCGCUGCCAAACAAGUCCACUUACACAAUCAACCCUAUGGCCGUGCUAUCUAUGACUACGUGUCCAAGGUGCCAGGAGACCUGAGCUUCAAGAAAGGUGAAAUUGUUGUUCUACGUAAGAAGAUUGAUAACAAUUGGUAUUUUGGAGAAUGUGGAAACAGCCAUGGAGUUUUCCCCCUUUCUUAUGUCCAGGUAAUGACGCCUUUACCUCCUCAUGUACCACAGUGUAAAGCUUUAUAUGACUUUCGGAUGACUAAUGACGAUGAAGAUGGUUGUCUUACUUUUAACAAGGGUGAAGUUAUCAGUGUGAUAAGACGAGUCGAUGAAAAUUGGGCAGAGGGUAAACUGUUGGAUCGUAUUGGAAUAUUCCCUCUAGCCUUUGUUGAACUAAAUAGCGUUGCUAGAGCCUUAAUGAAACUGUCCACAAAUGCUCAACCCGGACCUUCUAGAGUAGCACCGCCAACACCCACAAAUGAAGAAACAACGCCUCUCAUACCAACUGAUCAUUCCCGAAAUGUGCAAGCUGCCAAUCAACCUCAUCCACAAAUACCUUUGGCAACAACCUUACCAAUGUCAGACACCAGUUCAAUCGUAUCAUCUGGAGGCAGUUCAACGACAACAACUCCAAAUACUCCAAACAGUUCAAACACUUCGAGUAGCUCAAGUACAGCACCCAGUAGUCCAAGUAGUCCUGCAGCUACAUCUCCACCUGCUGUUGGCAGUAGACAUAGCAUGAAGCGCCACAGUUUCACCGCCAUAAAUUCAGGUCAUCAUCCGCACACUCAUCACAGACACAGCGCUGAGAUUCUUAGUCCAGCAAUUGAUGCUGUUCUCACAGGGGCAAGCGAACCUUUCAGCGCAGUUCAGACUAGUAGUAGUACCGACCCUGGAGUACGUCAUAGACGCAGCGGAAGCAGCGAUCUGGUUCUGGCCCAACCUUCUCAAAAUAUGCUCACAACUUCAGGUGGUAGCCAUUUACCAGCAGCUUAUAUUGCUCUCUAUCCGUAUAAACCUCACAAGGCUGACGAGUUGGAAUUACGUAAAGGUGGGAUUUACAUGGUGACAGAAAGAUGCCAGGAUGGUUGGUUUAAAGGAACGUCCAAUCGUACCCAAAAAUGUGGAGUCUUUCCUGGGAAUUACGUUGCACCGGCAAAAUCUCAAUUACAAAUACGUAAUAUUUGUCGAUCUACACCAAGUACAACUUCUCAUCAAGGUACACAGUCCCCAACUGUUUCAACAAGCUGUAAUGAACCUCGACCUUGCAUAACGUAUACCAGAAAUAAAGGUGCUGCUCUGCAACCCCAAGGAAUCCGUCCUCUACCACCACCCGAACUGCCCCCCAGAACUGCGAGUCCGGCAUCUGGUAUAUCUUCUUCUUGGCAUGGGCAAGGUGAAAUUCAAAGUCAGGCUCAAUCUCAAAGUCACGAUCAAUCUCCUGCAACGAAUCCGCUGGGGAGAAGUCACAGCGCCGUCAUGUCAACUAAUCAAGCUUCACCAGGUAAACAAACAAUGUUACCUCCACCAUUAACAGAUUUGAGCAGAAGUCCUAAUAAUACGCUACGGUUAGCGAGCACUGUAAGCCCACCUCCGAAUACUUCAAUUGCACUUGGCACAGCAAAGGUUACUGAAAAGAAAGAGAAAAAAGACAAAGGAGUCUCGCUAAUGCGGCGUUUAACUAAUAUUAAGAAAUCAAAGUCUCCACCGCCAGCAUCGUAUUCAAUGGAUAACCCGGUCUUCGAUGAUGGGAACACAGUCACUGUGAUAAAUCCUGUUCACGUUAGAUCAGGUUCUUGCCCGAGCCAGCUGCUACAGGUCUGUCCACAGCUAGAUGUAAAUACUCAAAAUACCCAUCAUCGUCUGCAUACGAGUUCUGGCUCAAGUCCCGCAACUACAUCUCAGAGGUUCAAACACAAAGAGCGACCCUCUAUACCUGUAUCGUUUCUACAAAGGGCUGGCGACAAUGGCGUUGCCCAUGCUGUAAUGGGCAGUCAUCAUCGUAAAAGUAAUUCCUUAGAUGCUGGCACUGGAAAACAAAGCAAACAACAACAACAACCGUCAGGAAGAGAGAGAGAUCGAGUAUAUCGAUUUCGUUGCAUCGUACCGUACCCUCCAAAUAGUGAAUUUGAAUUAGAACUUCGGGUUGGGGAUAUAAUACAUGUGCAUAAAAAACGUGAUGACGGAUGGUAUAAGGGAACUCUGCAGCGUACAGGUCGAACUGGAUUAUUUCCAGCCAGUUUUGUCGAAGCCUUCUGAGACUCAACUCACAGUUGUCUUGUUUUGGAGACAUGCAUAUAGUAUGACGCAUUGAUUAAUAACCUUUGUCAAUGGGGUACGUAUUACGAAUCAUGGUAUUACUGUACAUUUCAUAGAUGAGAUUAUUUUCAAUUGAUCGUUGUAGAUUUUAAAUCUAUGCCGCUGAUUUGACACAUCUCAAUUGAUUUUGUUCGAGAUAUUAUCCCAUCAUUUUAUGAGAGCAAACGCUAAGCUUUUAACAAUGAUGUGCUCUAUGAAAAAUUUCAUGUCAUGUAGAUUUCACGAAUCGCUGGCUCUCUUCACAUCCUUAAACUCUUAUGUAUAGUUAACCGUGUGAUACUCGUGCAAGCUUUUAUAUCCAUUUUGAAACUUUUUACGUAAUGAAACUAAUUUUAUAGGAUCGUGAUGCAACGUAUACUUAAGAUAAUGAAGUUUUCAUUUGACACUAGUGCAUACCAACACACGUAAAUAACGUUUUCUACCGUUCUUACUACUACGAUAUGAUUGUAUAUAAAUUAGUAGAAUAUUUAGAUACCAUCUAAAUGAAGCUACGUGAUACAUUCAGCAUGCUAAUCACCUGCGACGGUCGAUACAUCGUAAUUGAUUGACAUUUUCACAGGUGCAGGAAAAAUACUUGAAGCAUGCUGAAUUUUACCUGAAAUUCAUACUGCCAUUGUUGUAAUUUACUGUAAUAAGUAAGGUUUACAAGAACAAACAUGAGUAGCGGAUUUUUUCAAGAUAAUUAUCAUCAGAAAAAUUGCAUGAUGUCGUUUUAUAUCAGAUCAGCGUGAAUAUGUUACCUAUCACGACAAGUAAUACGUUCAUAAGUAUACUGAGCAGCCAUUUUCCAUUAUUUUUUCCCACUUACUUCAAGUGUGCGGAGUCUGUCUUGAGCAGAUAUAAAAUUAUUCCAGUGAUGAAUCUCAUACUAACUCGUACAUAAAAAAAUUCAGUAUGGGAAUGUUAUAAAAAUUAAUACCACCUGUGCGAUCGAACACACGUUUAUUUCACGCCAUUGUAACUCGAAUAUUCUCUGCCGAUCAAAAUUAUAUGCUCUUUAAAGUAAACCAAAGGGAUUCGUCAAAAUCGUAAGAUAUCCGGAAACCUUUUCCACAUACUGAAUGCAACGGUGUAUCACUGAUUUUAUAAUCGCGCAACGCCCAUUAGAUUCGUAAUUAUUGUGUGCAAGAGAUCACAAAGUUUUAGGUGUAUACAUUGCGAGUGAAAAAUUUUAUUGUCAUCAACUCCAUUGAUUGGAUAAUUUCGCCUGGCUCGUGGUGAAUGAUAAAUAUUUAAGUAUGUCAGUAUUUGAUGAAUUUAUUAUAUAGCGGUUAUAUGCUUUGCUACAAUAAUUAUUCUCCAGCAAAGCAUAAGUAUAUUUGUACUUUCUGCAUUCUAAUUUAUCACCGUACAUAGAAUUUCGGAAUGAACCUGAUCAAUGGUAAUAAAACCGUUAUUACCGUUAUACAAUUAUCGACCGGUAUUCAUGAGAAUAUCCAACUCUAUCAAGAGUGCUAUUACACAAAUAUCAAGAUCAAGAAGACUCGAUGUAUUUUCAGUUGGAUUCACUAUGCAUGUAAUAAUCAUGGUUUUAGGGUUCCAUUACGCAUAUACUCUAUGAGAAUAUUAACCAUAUGUAUAAUCAAUAUCUUACAUAUUUACAUUCAUUUGAGAAGACUGCCAGGUUGUUCAUAUUUAUGUGAAAGAAGUGGAUUUUGAAGGCACCGUAACCAAAAAGAAAUUGAACUUGGUCAAUGUGUCUCGUGUGCUGUGACUCAUCGAUCAUUGGUAUCGAAACACAUUUAGUUGCUUUGUUGCAAUUGCGUUUACUGAACAAACCUAUUAAUAAUCGGACUCUACAAAGGUCAAAGCCAGGUUGAAGAUGUUUACUAUUCAAGGAUCAAAUAUCUCACAUGAAAUAUAAAUAUGUAAUAUGUUGAGGUACCUAUACUAUGUACACAUACAUUUAGAAUAUUUAUCUAGUGUUAUCAUUAUAGAACUAUGUAUAUUCAUAUUUAAGAAACGUAGAAAUAUGCGAGCAAAACCAUUUCAAGUACGGUUUACCGCAAACAUUAGUUAUCUGGUUCGAUGAACAAACGCUAUAUGCAAGUAUAUCGGACGCGAUAUUUGGCAAUAUUUUUAUCUCUUUUUAAGUUAAAUCACUUUGUUAUUUCAUAUAUUUAUGAAUUCGAUUCUCAUUUGAUUCAACGCAAUAGAAAGCUAGAAUUCAAAUAAGAACUCUCUCAAGUUCUGGAAUAGUAAGACAAAAAACGCACAAUAAUAUGGUAUACAAAACAAUACCGGUAAUAUAAAUUGAACACAAAAACGUACUGGUAUUAAGAUGUAUCGAUGAAAGAUCUUUGUCCCACUAACAAUGAUCCUCGAUAAACGUAGAAUCCAGUAUUUCAGUACCGGGGUUCAUGUUUUAAUACAUAUCGUAACAGAUAUAGAUUAGAUAUAGAUCAUGGAUAACGUAUGGACAGCUAAUUGAACAACGUGAUACGGUGCAGUCUGUAGAGACUUUGUAACAAUGAGGGCAUGGAAACGUGACAUUUUAUUACCAUUCUGGAAUCGUUAGUUAAUAAUUCGAAUUAUGAGGUUUCUUUUUACCUUGUAGUAUUUGUUACAUUCAUUAAGAAGUAUUUCUCUAUUUUCUCCAAUGUUAUUGAAAUUAUGUACAUAAAUAAUGUUUUACAUAGGCUGUACGGCUAGAAGAAACAUAUUACUUUAUUUAUUCAUAUUUUGUACUGAAUUUGAUAUAAGUAACUUAUUAUGAUAAAAGCGUAAAAAAAUUAUUAUAAUUAUUAUUAAACAUAUGCACGAUUGAAAAGCAAUGUUGACAGAUAAUGCAGUAUGACGACUGUGUUACAUUUCGUCGAAUAUUAGAACAAUUGCUUUAAAUUUCGAGUAUUAUACCGUGCUAUUUGCUCUUGCGAUCUAUAAUAUUCAAUCAAUUAUUCAUUUUUUUUUCCACACGCACACUGUUCUAAUUUUUUUUUUCUUUCUCAUUGUAUUCACUUUUCCAGAAUUUAUACCCUUCUACUUUAUUGCAUUCGAUAUUGAAGCCACUGUCUUACACUUCUACGCUGUAUAACGUAACAAAUGGGAUGUGGAACGAAUUUUUUAUGAAUUCACAAUGCAUAAGUUCAAAUUUGUAUCAAUAUACAAACGUACAAUAUACACACUUAUGUUCUGAAAUAUGUUAUAUAAUAUUCGGUAUAGACAUUAUAUUUUAUACCAUCGUGAUAAUCAUCAUGAUCGAUAUCAAAAACUAAGAUUUUUUUUAUUCCUAAUCAAUUUUGAUCAAAAAUCCAUGUUUAUUUUACCUACUGCAGACGCAUUGAAAAGCUUUAAAUUCAUUACUUUCCGCUCAUGAAUACUGAAUCAUACUCAUCGGUGUUAAUAUUAUAGAUUUCUUGUGCAAAAGUGAUUAUACCCAUGAUCCUAUAGGUAAUGAUUGUAAUGACUUCUUGGCUAAAGAUAUAUGCUGGUAUUGUCGAAAUUACGGCAACGUGCGUACUAUCGUCGAAAUAAUACAAAUCGUAUCAAUGUCGUGUUUGUUGUGUUUUACAUGUACUGUAGUCAUUUAUAAUAUAUAAUAGCUAGUAACAACAGUAAUAAAGUGACGUGAUCAGUGAUAGAUA